CUACACGGUGUUGUCAGCUCCCCCUCAAUGUUGUCAGCUCCGCACAUCAGCAUGGCCGCACACUAGUUUGUAGGAUUACUGUCUCUCUUUGCCAUACGUUUCACCAACUAUUAUCGCUCCCCUCCGCCUCUGAUUUCAUCUCAACCUUAAGUCCACCUCUAACUCUCUGGGUUGACGUGAAGUGAGAGGCCAGAACAUUAAGAAUGGCGCAGGUACCUUUGCGCAUGGCUCAGCCUGGUCUGGUGCCCCCCCAUCAACAACGUCCUCCCAUGAUGGUCUCCAUGACACAACCACCACCUGUAUCCAUGCAAGCAGGUCUGGUGAGCAUGGCGCCCAUGAUGGCCCCAGCGGGUGGGAUGGCGGUUAUGACGCAGGCCAUGAGCCACCCAGAUUCUGGUGUUGGUCCUGAUCAUCACACCCUCAAUGCUCCAUAUCAUCAUCACCACCACCCCCAUCACCAUCAUGGCCCUCCUGGUCCACAUCACCCAGGCCCCCCACCACACCACCCCAGUGGGCCUCCCCAGCCUCCCCCAACAGGUCCUCCCCCCCACACGGGCCCUCCCCAUCUCUGUGCCCAUCACCCAGCUCAGGCCCCUCAUCAUGGCCCACAUCCAACUCAUGCCCCACACCACGGUCCUCAUCACUCUGGCCCACACUCGGGUCCUCAUUCUGGCCCACAUUCGGGUCCUCACUCGGGGCCGCAUGGUGGGCCACAUGGUGGACCACAUUCUGGUCCACAUGGGGGUCCACAUGGAGGACCACACAGUCAUGGUGGCCCUCACUCUGGUCCUCACAUGGGACCUCACACAAGCAACAGCGGUAGUGGGCCACACAGUGGGCCACAUGGUGGGCCACAUGGAGGACAUCAUGGUGGACCAACGCAUCCUCAGUCCCACCUACAAGCAGCAGCAGUUGCUGGUCCUCCCCACAUGACACACCCUCCACACACUGUCAUGCACCACUCUGCGCCACACCAGGUCACACGUUACCAGAUGAGUGGCAUGGGUAGUGGAGGGCCUGGGGGCAUGGGAGCCUCUCCAAACAGUAGUCAUCAACAGCAGCAACAGCAGCAGCAACAACAACAGCAACAACAGCAGCAACAACAGCAGCAGCAACCUCCACCACCACUCCAUACACAAGUACAACACCAACCAAUGGCUCAGACAAUGCAACAUCAACCACACCAGCAGCAGCCACAACAGCAACAGCAGCAACAGCCACCACAGCAGCACCAGCAACAACCACAACCACAAGAUAUUGUUGGCAAUGGUGGUGUAGUUGUAGGAAUGACUCCAACAAGCAGUGGUGUUGGCGUUAGUGUGGGUGGCUCAUCUCCAACGAAUUCCUCUUCAAUGAGCAACUCAAUGUGCCUCUCUAAUACUGAUCCUUCAACGUCAAGUAAAGAGAAGACCCCAAUGUGUCUUAUUAAUGAGCUUGCCAGAUAUAAUAAGAUUCAACACCAGUACUGUUUAACGGAUGAGAAGGGUCCAGCACACAAGAAGACCUUUACAGUAACAUUGAGGCUUGGGGAGAGUGAGGAAUACACAGCCUCUGGUCCCAGUAUCAAAAAAGCUCAACAUUCGGCUGCUGCCAUAGCUCUUGAGAAGACGCAGUUCAAACACCCACCCCCAAAGACACAACGACAGAACAAACAAACCAAACUCACACCGACCGUUGAAUUAAAUGCCCUUGCAAUGAAGCGAGGAGAAGCUGCUGUUUAUACCUUUAUGGAGACCCCCCGUCCCCCCAAUCCAUACUUCAACAUGCCACCAAACAUAAGAGCCAUGUAUAAUCAGAAAUAUUAUGGACGACCGCCACUUUACCCUAUAUUCUUUGUAACAUUAAGAGUUGGCACUCGGGAAUUCAUAGGUGAAGGAACCACAGCUCAACAGGCAAAGCACAAUGCAGCCUCCAAAGCGUUAAAAUUAAUGAAACAACUUCCCAUGCCUGAGAAUGCUACUACAUGUACACAAGGAGAUUUGAAAUCUCCCAUCUCCCUUGUUCAUGAAAUUGCACUGAAGCGCAAUUUGACUGUUGCGUUUGAAGUCAUACGUGAAUCGGGUCCUCCACACAUGCGAACUUUUGUCACAGUUUGCAUUGUGGGAGAAUAUAGAACAGAAGGAGAAGGCACAGGCAAGAAGGUCAGCAAAAAACGAGCAGCAGAACUUAUGCUAGAAGAACUACGCAAACUGCCUGCCUUACCACCAACCUCACUCAUACGAGUUAAGCGUAAACCCACCACAAAGAAGAAAAGUCGAAACCUCAUCAAGGUGGGUCAAGAGGAACAAAAGGCAGCUCCAGAGUAUGGGCAGGGAAUCAAUCCAAUAUCAAGACUGAUCCAGAUCCAGCAGGCUAAGAAAGAGAAAGAGCCAGUGUACACCAUGCUGGCCGAACGAGGGGUGCCUCGACGCAGAGAAUUCAUCAUGCAGGUGACAGUUGGCAACCAAAGUGCUCAAGGUAGUGGUCCAAAUAAGAAGCUAGCCAAAAGAGCUGCUGCAGAGAACAUGUUACAACUCCUUGGAUACUCCCGCCCACAGCCCCAACCUGGCAAACCUGCUAUCAAGACUGACGGUGCUCACUCUGACCCUGACAAAACUAGGAAGGUGACAUUCCUUGAAGAUGGAGGAGAGACUAGAGGAUCUGAUUCGGCUGUUGUUGGAGGUGUGAAUAACGUCAACCACAUGGGAGGGCCUGCGGUGGGUGGAGGACGUCAGCUAGUCCCAGGACUCAUCAUGAUGCCAGAUGGCUCCGCUCUUCAUGGUUUCCAGCAGGUUCAGCCACAAGGUAUGGGUAUGGUCAGUGUUGGUCCCAUGGUGAACAUGCAAGCAACAGCAACAAUAGCAAAGGAACUUUUGAAAUCAGGAAACUCUCCAACAGCUGAAGCCAUGGUAAAGCAGAACCCACCAACUGGUCCACAGGGACCUCCACAGGGACCCCCUCCCUCAAGUCAACAGCAGGCACCUAUGCAGCCACCACAACAGCAGCAACAGCAACAGCCCAUGGCAACAUCUCAACAGCAGCAGCAACCACAGCCUCCUCCACAACAGCAGGUCCCUCAACCACAGGCACCACAACAGCAGCAGCAACAACAGCAGCAACAGCAGUCCAUGGUUAAUCAGAAUCAGACUGUGCCAUCAACCCAAGCUGUACGGCCAAAGGAUCAGCUGAUGUAUUUGGCACAGAUUUUAGGCUUGCAAGUGCAGUUUACUGAUUUUCCAAAGGGCAACAAGAGUGAAUAUCUGAGUCUGGUCUCACUUACCACCAGCCCCCCUCAUGUAUCUCAUGGUGCAGGCCCUACUAUUGAUGAUUCACAUGAUCAGGCUUGCUUGACAGCUCUGCGAGCACUAGCGAAGAUGGGCCUGGACACAGUCACAGCAGCCAAGCAAGAAUAAAAAUCCAACCAGUGCUCAGCAGGAGGAUAAUAUCAACCCUACUUGUACUGCUGAAGAUGCAGCUGAUGUUGGCAUUAAUUGUCAAUUGGGCUCAUUUUUCCUCUGUACUUAGGUAGAUGCACCAAAUUGAUUAAUGUCCACAUGUGAAGAUUGUAAUAACUAUUCUUGAAACAAAUGCCGCAUAAUUUGCUAGACAUUGAGGAACAAGGGAGUCACAGUUUUCAAGAAUUCUUAAGACCUCCUCAUAUGUGCACAUGCGAUGUCACAUAACAGCUGUGUAAAAGCAGCGACAAAUUUGCUAUAAAGCUAGAAGUCCUGCAAUGGGUACUAGGAUUUCAGCCUUAUUGUCAUGUUGGUUGAUGUAAUCUUCCUCUGCACUUUCAUGUAACCCUUAUACAUCACAGUGAUAUGACUAUCGGAAUAUUGAUGCACAUUAUUGAUUAUAUAUAUACAUAUAUAUUUGCUUUUAUAUAUAUAUAUAUAUAUAUACACACAUAUAUAUACACGGCUUGAUCUGUACUUCUGAGCCUUUUGUAAAGCCUUCUCUAGGGCUUCUUAUCUAUCUAUAUGUUGUUGCGAGAUAUUAUAUGCGAGCACUUUUAAUCUCACAACUGCCGAUCUCGCCGUAUAUUCUGUCUUCCUCCUCCGUAUUUUAUCUUUUUAUAAUCUUAUCUAUUUCAUUAAGCAUAUCCUAAGAGAUUAGAAUUCUUUAUACGGAAGAAAAAGAGAGAUUACCAUGUCCCAAUAUUAAGUGAAACUGUAUGGCAAACAGUGAUAUUAGGGGAUACUGAGCUUUAGCUUUUAUCUGUGCUAAGGCUCAAUUUCCCUACUUAACAAAUUGAUUACCUACAAGAAAUGUAUGAUGCCUCCUGCAGACUUAGUGUGCGAUGCUGGUUAUCUGGUGCCACUGUUGGGGUGGAGUGUGGUAGGGAGGGAGGAGACUUAUCCACCAUCUCCUGCCCUCCCUCCUACACUCAUGUAAUCUUAGGAUGGUUGUGUACAAGAGCUGCCUCCCAUAGAGAGAUAUUGUAUAUUUAGUCACAGUGCAAUGAGUACUGCAUGUCAUUGUGGUAACAUUCAUGUCAUGUCGUAACAUUUGAGACAAACUUAGUCAUUCCUUAAGCUUAUGACCUCUAUUUGUAUUUGCCUGUGACUUUGGUUAUCUGCUUUUACUGUUUUGAUUAGUACAAGUGGCAUUAAAACAACAAACAACAAGAAAAGUAACACUGAAUAAAGUAACCAUAAUAUUUGCUUUAAUUGAAGCUUUUUCCCAGUCCAUGAUGUUUAUGCUGUCAGGAAUCUUAAUGGUUAAGUUUUCCUUGCUUGACUAAAUUAAGAAAAAGUGAUUCUUAGUUGUAUAGAUAUAUUAUGUUAGGUUGAUUAGAGCAGCACUUGAUAUGUUAGUUUUAAGUUCAGGCUUCAGCCUUCAUAAUUGGUGCACAUCCAUCCCCUUGUUCAUCUUUGAGUGUAUCAGUUUUGUUUUGAUUAAGUCACCCUUUAAAUAAGUAUCACUUCUGCUUCUAGUCAUAGCAAGGAAUUUCCCAAGAUUAAGUACAGUCAUUAACAUCAGACAUAAACCAGAAAAUUAGUGUGAACAGAUCCUUAUAGGGCAGGAUUUUUUCUUUUGCUUUUUUUUUUCUUUCAUUAAAGCUGACAUACCAACCAUAGAAUAUUUAAAACUUUUUCAUCCCAGCCCUGAAAUUCCCAUAAUAUCUGAGCUCAUAGAAGUUUAGAUGCUUAUCAGCUUUACAAAUACUUGCAGUUGCUUUUGUCAUUACUACUAUGAUAUCAUUUGUUGUGGAGCAUAGUAAAUUUUGUUUUUUUGGCUGAAAUAUUUCUAUUUGUAGCUCUUCUAUUUUGUCCUGUCAAUAAGAACUGCAAUAACUGUAAGAAGUAAACCUUUAAUAGAAGUGUUUUGGCAGCAAGAACCUUUGAUUAAUGACUUUCCAGUACUGUUCUGCUAGCUAUGUCCCUUUAAGGUAAGAGCGCUUCAUAACUUGUUCUUCAUGGCCUUUAGCUGCUUUAACUGAACGAUGCGAACUAUGUAACUGUAGAAGAUGAUCAGGGUUUGCCGAGAUGAUCAAGUCCUUUGAUGGUACAAAAUAUGCUGUGGAGCCAUGUAAUGUCAGUGAAGAUAGGCAGUGAAUGAGCUCACAAAGUGGCCACAAUGGUAUAGAUGUAAUUGUUAUGCCCCCAUUAAUAACAAUACUGACCUGCUCUUAUGGGGUUAUUAUAUUUGUAAAUGCCUCUCUGCAUAUGUGGUAGCUACACCAUAGGCUGGAUUUUAAAACAGGCACUUUUAUCUAAGCAGAAACUUGCUGCUUCAGCAGAUUGUCUUAAGAAACGAAUUGCUCAAGUGUUUUCUUUACUGCAGUUAAAGUGAUGUUUUAAUAAUCCAUUACCUCAUUUCUUGAGCAAUACCACUCUAAGCUCUCUAACCCCCAACAGAACCAGAUAUAAGGAUUUGGGGCAGGAUAGUGUUAUUCGCCAAACCCCUUUAGUAUGUGUUUAUCAACUGUAGGAUGUGUUAUAUAACCCAAACCCAAUAGUUGUCUCGAGCUUGAAUUUGUAAAUCCAAACAGGAUAUAAAUUUUUGCUUGUGAUGACAGAGGGGUUGACAACAGUGGCGGUUAACACUCUCAUGCUGUGAUGAUGCCGUGAGUGCGACUGAUUACAAUUAUGAACACAUAUGAAGACAACGGAAAAUACUGCCUGAGUGGACUAUGAGCUAUGGCUCGAGUAACUUUCUGGUGGUGUGGUCAAGUGAAUGGUAAAAUGCUUACAGCUGUAGGUUAGAUGGACUGAGAUCUAACCCCACUCUCUGGCUGAAUAAGUGGCAAUAAGAUGGGACAAAAUUAAAUGCGUGUUCGUCUUUAGCACUGGACUUCUGCAUAAACCUUGAUUAUGCUAAUUGGCUGAACAGUAAGGUUUAACCAGUUAGAAGCUUCAAGGCCUAUGCAGAAUUCAAGAUCUAAGUAACAGGCACGCUUUAAUAGUACAUGUUUGUUUGUUUUAUUCUAUGUAAUUCAGUUUAACCAGGUAUUUUUGUGCCAAUUUUUUCAUGUUCGUGAUAUGAUAGUAUUAUCCUUUUUGAUGCCUUAUUAGUCUUUGACUGAAACAAAAACAUGUAGAUCUUUUUGUACCCAAAGCCCAUUAAUGAAAUCUCUUUUAAUCACUAUGGAAUAUCUGAUACUUAUUUUGUGAUAAUUUUUGUAAAGUAGAUAACAUAUGUUCUCUUGUGAUUUAUCAAAGAGCGAAGGGAUUUUUACUUAACCACACCAUCAGGAUUUCAGCUAACUUUAGCUGAGAAAUGUGACAUGACCUACUGUUCUGUGUAUUGCCAUGAGUUACAUAAGGUUCUCUGUCCUCCAGUGUGUCAAUGGAAAUGGAACCUUAUUAGAAUGUGGUUUAAAGCUGGUAAUGACAGGUCAGGUCACAGAACAAUGAGGUUCCCAAUAUUUAUGAUGUAACUACAACGGCUAUGGCAGCCCUUUGAAAGUCACAAAGGGCUGUCAUGGUGGUUGUAGCCUCAUUGCAAAUGUGUGACCUUUUAUAAUGAUGUUUCACUUUCUUAUUUCCCUCAUGUGGUUAAUGGUUCAACUUUAGCUUUGUAAUUUUUUCCUUCUAAGUAAAGAUAAGUAUAUUUAGUGAAUGUGCUUGAUUAAAAUAUUGCUUUUUGGUGACCUGUAUUGCAAUGUCUUAUUGAAAGAACAUUUAAAUUUUUUGCUUGCAAUUUAGAGUUAAAGUGUUUAGAUGCUUCAGUAUUUUUUGACUUCGCUGUUGUCUUCAUGUCUAUUCAUUUAGAAUAUUUGAGGAUUCUCGGGGUGUGAUGGUGGUGGCAUGUUCCUGGUCUUGGGUACACAGUAACUGAGAAUUGUCACUUUUUUACUGUAGUAGUAUUAUUGUUAUUACUGUCAUUAUUAUUAUUAUUAUUAUUAACUGUAUACAAAUAUUCCUCACCCCUUUUCAAGGUACAAUAUCUAUGAUUCAUGUUUUGUGCUCUCAAUAUUUUGUUUGAAAAUAUUUGAGAAUUCUCUCUAGUUUUGUAAAAGGAAUGCUGCUCCUACAUUAUUUUCAUACAUUAACAAGAAAAGUUUGUAAAAUCAUUUCUUGAGUGUUGAUGCAGAGAUACAGCAAUGAUCUAUAUUUGUUAUGGUGGUAAAUCCAGUGUCUGUAUUCUGUUUGUGAAGAUGUUAAUAAGGUAUUACUACCUUGAGGGAAACCAUUAGAUCUACCCAAUAACUAAUAUAAUCCCUCAUUACAAAGAUGUAUGUUGUACUUUGCAAGGCCCCACUGUCUUUAUCUAUUUAAGAAUAUUUAGUGGAAAUGAUCACGAAUUAAUGUAUGCUUUGUAGAUAUUUUCUUUGUAAUUGUUUUCAUCUCUUAGCUAUACCAUCAGCAUUUGUUAAAGUCAGAUAUUACCAUGAGCCUAUGCACUUUUGUUGAUUUCAUUAGCUGCAAUAUUGAGACUCACUUUGGACGUUGAGUAAUAACGUAGGACAUGUGCAUAAUAAUUACAGUACUUAAUUGAAUAUACACACAAAUUAGACCUGCAGUAUACACCAGAGUGUUCAGUGUAAUGAGUCAAAGUGGUCGAAGGUGGAUAAGGUUGCAUGAUUAAUUUAUGUGAUAUACAUUUGAUGUUCAACAAAUUUCAUACAUACCUCUUCUGUUUAUAUGGAUUGGACAUGAGGUAUGUAAUAUAUACAUAGCCCUUUCAUAACAUGUUAUAAAUAUAUGAUUUUCCAAAUGAUGGUUACAAUCAAAUGUGUUCAGUGUUCAUAAUGAGUAAGAACUGGAAGAAAUUCAAAUACUUUUAACCCUUUUCCAGUAGGGCCAUUUUGUGCUGUGGUAAUAGAUGUAUUUGCAAUUUUCCUCUCAAAAAUCUUUUUAUGUUACCUUAAAAGACUGCAAUUUGACUUGACAGUCUCCAGGUGGUCCACAUCAAGUCACCCUGCUGCGUUUUUGGCAAGGUGACUCGUAAAUAUCAGGGACACCGUCACCCCUACCACCACCACCCCAGUAUCUCAUUAUCCGGGAUGACCUUGACAGAGCCGCCUUCACUAAGGUGUGGACGCCGCCCUAUCUGAUGAGUACCCAACAAUGUAAAUCAAGUUCAUCAUAUGCUCUUUUAGUGUAAUUUUUGUAAAGGGAAGAAUUUUGAUUAUGGAGUUGUAGUAAAGGACUUAAUUUUACUUGGAUUUUUUGUUUAAUGCUAUAGCAUGCAUUGUUACAGUAUAGCUUAUUGCAUAUACAACUGAGGAAACUGGCAUUUAAUUUACAUUGAUUUUUUUCAGUCUAAUGUGUUUAUGAAGUUUUCAUCUGAUGUUUAUUAAUGCGUUGAACUCUCAAAAAAAGAUAAAUCCAGGUUAUUAUUGUCAUUGUCAUUUGUUAAAAAUAUUUCCUAUUUUUGUUAUGAGAGCAUAUAUAGAAUCCCAAACUUAAAAUAUUUUAAGUGGAUUGUGAUAUUAUUUAAAUGGGAUGAGUCACCUCCCAAGUCUCGGCUCUGUUACGGUCAAACUCUACAAUAAAAGGUUGAUCUGAA